GGACACUCUGAACAAACCGUAUUGUCAUGCUGAGAUCUGUAUUGACAUAACAGAUCGGACCGCAGCCACAGCAUGGAGCGAUUAUUUGAUCAUGUGGGACACUUCGGAAGAGUUAACUCUGCCCCAACUCUCCCCUAGAGUUACCGCAUUUGCUCGAUUAUCACGCAGACAUCCACCGGCUGCCCCCACUUGACACCAGGGAGUAUGGAGCACAGGGGACAAGUCAAGGGAUGCAUCGAUUCCAGGCAUACUUAUAUUUCAUGUCGGUCUUCCAAGCAGUAUCAUGUGGUAUCCAUUACUUGGCCUCCGUGUUCAUGACAGUUACCCCAAAGUUCAUAUGCAAUGUUCCAGGAAAUAUAAGUACUGUAUUACUUCCAAAUACAAGCACAUCGGGGCCAGACAAUUUUUGGGAACUGUGGACUUCUUCGAAGGAUGAUCUUGUAAUUCAGCUGGAAAAUGGAGAUGUUUGGGAAGUUAAUCGUUGCAGUAGGUUUAAACGAGAAGCUUUUAAUCUCACAUAUGCAUAUGAAGGAAAUAAGACUUUGUUAUCAUGUUCCAGUGGUUUCCUCUAUGACCACACGCAUCUUCUUAGCAGUGUAGUUACUGAGUGGGACUUGGUGUGUGACCGUGAGUGGUUGGCUAAACUUGUUCAGCCAACCUUUAUGUUCGGAGUGCUACUGGGUGCCGUGAUCUUUGGUGAUAUUGCAGACAGAGUGGGAAGACGACCAAUAAUGUGGUUCACGAGCACUGGUCAAUUUUUAUUCGGUGUUGCUGUGGCAUUUACCUUCGACUACUACAGCUUUGUGAUCGUUCGUUUUUUCCUGGCUAUGGUGUCCAGUGGUUAUUUAGUUGUGGUAUUUGUUUAUGUGACAGAAUAUGUUGGAAUCAAAGGUCGCACGUGGGCCUCCAUGCAUGUUCACGCAGCCUUUGCUGUUGGUAUUAUGGUGGUGGCUCUUGUUGGGUUUUUGGUGCACACUUGGUGGAUUUACCAGCUAAUUCUUUCACUAGCAACCCUGCCAUUUAUAUUCUGCUGCUGGACCCUUCCUGAAACACCAUUCUGGCUCCACUCUCAAGGGAAAUACAAAGAAGUUGAAAAAAUAAUUGCCAAAAUGGAAAGAUGGAACAAAGUGAGAGGUGCUCCCUGCAAACUCUCCGAAUUGUGUUCAGUAAAGAAUGACUCUAAGGCUGAUGAAAGUGAAGUUUCAACUUUAAAGGCUCACAACGUCUUCGAUUUGUUUCACAAUUGGACCUUUGCAAGAAGGACCAUAUCCGUGUGGCUAAUCUGGUUCACUGGGAGCUUUGGUUAUUAUGUCUUCUCUUUAAGUUCAGUGAAUUUAGGAGGGAACGAAUAUUUGAACCUAUUUCUUUCAGGAGCUGUUGAGAUUCCUUCUUACAUUAUUGCCUGCCUUGGUAUGGACAAACUGGGCAGAAGAAACACUCUGGCUCCUUUCCUUAUACUGAGUGCUAUCAUCUGUGGAGUCAUAAUGCUCAUUCCUCAGAACCUCAGUACCAUAACCAUCAUCAUGAGCAUGGCAGGGAAGUUUUCAAUAGGUGUUGCGUUUGGAUUAAUAUACUUAUACACAGCUGAGCUAUAUCCCACAACCGUACGGUCACUUGCAGUUGGCAGUGGUAGCAUGAUGUGUCGAAUUGGUAGCGUGGUCGCACCAUUCUGUGUGUAUCUGACAGAGGUGUGGAUAUUCAUGCCACAAAUGUUAGUUGGAAUCAUGGCCUUACUUACUGGAAUAUUAACCCUGUUGCUCCCAGAAACAUUGGGGAGGCCUCUUAGUAAUUCCAUGGAAGAAGCGGUAGAAAUGGCAGCCAAGAAUGGGAUCACUAAGAAAAAAGCAACGACAGAACUUAAUGGAACUGUAAUGGAAAAACUGGAGCCCAUGAGUCCAGACAACCUGAAUGCGUAGAGUCUUACUAUGUUCAUAAUACAUAGUGGAAUGUGUGACUGAUUACCUAAUCUUCUAUUAGAAGGAGCAUCAAAAACCUAAAACAACACAUUUGUUUUCACUGUGUCAGUGUCAUAUGCAAUAGCCAAAUGAUUUAAUUAAGUCUGAAUAAAUGAGGAAAUAUGUAACUUAUGAAUAAAAAUAUAAACGCUACAUAUUAUUGUUAAAAAAAAAAUUAAAAAAGUUGAAUGUUGAGCCAUAUGCAACCAUUGGAUUUAUGCACACAAAUUACUAGGUUUAAAGAAAUGUUACCACAUCUUACUAUCUUACCACACUUUGUUACAGUCAAUUAACAGUAUAGUAGGUUGUAUGGAUCACUUACCAAUAUCCAGAGAUUUACAAACUGUAACGUUUGAAUUUAAAUAAAUGCGUAGAGAUGCUGAUGUUAGGUCAGGAUAGGUCAUGUGUUGAUAUAUUAUAAUAAUCAUGAUUUUGUAAUAUAGCAUUAUAUUCAUGAAAUGUUGUAAUGUAUGCUCAAGAAUGUGUGAUGUCAUUUUCACACAAAAUGUGCAGCGAUAUAUUUUAUUACAUGUUUUAAAAUGAUAUGCUGUUAGUCCUAUGUCACAAAAGGAUUGUUUGUAAAGUUACAGACUUCAUCCAUUCUUCCUUGUUUCCCCUUCCGCUCUACCUCCAGACUAGGGUUAAGUUGUCAAUCAACCUGAUGGCAGCCUUGUCUAAAUGGUUAUAUUUGCAUAAAACACUAUGAUGUACAACAGCCUCACAUAACUGUAAAUUCCCAUGCUUUCAGUGCCUUUACAACUAAUUGGUGAGCCUGUGCCAUGUGUGCUAAUUAUUGGCUUGUUCCUGACCUGCCUACAGUCUUCUGUUCCACUUCCACUGUUCCACAUAUGAUUUUUGUGUAGACCUGACUACGCUACAAUUUCUGACUUGAUGAUUUUUAAUCUCCUGUUCCUGGCUCUCAAUCCUUGGUUUGCUUUCUGGCUUUGGUUCUUUGUAACUCCUAAGGUACCUUGUGUACCAGUAGGCAAGUCCUGAUGCAGCUUGUACCUUCAGGCCCAUCGAAUGGAACUGAUGUAGGUGAAGACCCUGCUAUCUGGGUUAGUAAGGACGUUGCAUAUCCUUAACUUUGUCUUUGUUUUUCUUUGUCUUAUUAUUUUCACCCUGGUUCACGCCUCCAAAAAACAUUUCCACCCAUUUGCAUUGAUUUAUUCAGCAACUAAAGGUUAUUUCAUAGUAUAUCUUAUACUUUAGAGUGCCAAGGGCAUAUGGGAUACAUGGUAGGCAAGCUAGAUCGGGGAGGCCAACUACAUAUCCAUACCUGGGAACUUUCUAAAUGAGCUGACCCUGAGAUUCUUGAAAUAUUAACCCUUAUAGCUCAUCAUGAAGAUCCUAUGUAGUGACUUAUCAAAUAUGUCACCCAAAAGGCUCCAAUACCAGUCCUUGUGGGAACCUUGACGUGUUGUUAUCUAAAAAUAUACCUGAGUCACAUGUAUUUAAGCAGGGAUAUCAUCCACAACAUACCUGAAGAAAAAACACCAAUCGGGAGUGUUAUAUAUGACCACAGUAGUAUAGAAUAAGAAGGAAUCAGCCCUGACUGUCAGAACCUGAGAAUCUGCCCCUUCACCCUGAGAUUGGGGCAUAACAUAAUAAUAUAAAUGAACAGAUACAAUCAAUGUCUAAUAAUAUGUUUAAAGUACUACAGUGGCCAUAAUUGUGCCGAAAAUAUCAAUAAUCCACACCCUGCCUGUAGCAGGUGAUAAGAUAUCAAGUGAGUUUAGUCAUAUGCAGCCUCAUGGUAACUCAGCUGUACAGGGGUUGUAACUAUUAAAUACAAAAAAUACAAUAGCAAAAAAUAAAAUAGUUAUAUGCAUAUUAUUAACUA